CUGACUCUCCGGGGUGUUUCAACAGGAAGGCGGACAUGUUGGUCAGGCAGUGGGAGAAAAUCGGGCACCCAGUAUAUUUUGUUCUCCCUUUUGAAUAACAACAUCGACUGCAAGCUUGAUGUAUUCGUUUAGUUACAGAAUCGUGGAUUACAUACAUGUUGGGAAAGUACAAACCGGCGCGCGGACUCGAAGAGAUUCAUCGCCGAAGGACUCGUAAAGGAUCGUUUUAACCAGGAUCUUGUUUUAACUGAUCGAAAUUUUUGUAAGGCGAAGUUUUUCUCUCUCUCUCUCUCGGCACUUCUCACUUUGCAGCUGUCAGACUCGCUCGGCCUGGCGAGCAUUUAUGGACAGAGGCCUGGAGAAACUUCAUUUCUUACGGCCGCAUGCUAACUCUGCACCGUUUAUUUGAUGUCUUGUGUUUUUUGUUGCGGGGAUGUGAUCAGUUUGCGUGUUUUAAACGAGCCCCUCAUAUCUCCCGAAGCUAAAUUAGCUUAGCGCAGUAUACGUUAAUCUGUUGCUGCCGCUUUUUGUGUGUUGCCAAGUUGUCAUGGACUAAUCCGACACCUCGUCUUGCCGUCGUUGUUGUUUUGUUUCGAAAAUGUGGCUUUUCGUCCUCUCUCGGUGUUGUGUACGUUUCAGCGAGAGCGAAAAUGAGGCAGUAAGACACAAAACGCUGCUUUGAUCAAACUGCUGCUUACUGCUUUUGUGAGGGCAGAGGAAGUUAGCGAGUUCAUUUGCUAAUCUUAGCCAGUAAACUCGCAUCUCAUUGCUCUCAUCUGAAUCAAAACCCCCAUCCCAUCAGUUAUGGAGAUGUCUGCUGGAGAAAGUUUGACAGCUCGUUUCGAGAAGAUCGAUGCUAUGCUCAAGGAUCCCAAAUCAGAGGUCAACACCGACUGUCUGCUGGACAGUUUGGACGCUCUGGUUUAUGAUCUGGAUUUCCCGGCCCUGAGGAAAAACAAAAGCAUAGACGACUUCUUAAAAAGAUAUAAGGACACGAUCAGCAAAAUACGGGAGCUUCGCAUGAAAGCAGAGGACUAUGAAGUGGUAAAGGUCAUAGGAAGAGGAGCGUUUGGAGAAGUACAACUGGUGAGGCACAAAGCCACGAGGAAAGUCUACGCCAUGAAGCUGCUCAGCAAGUUCGAGAUGAUCAAGAGGUCCGACUCGGCUUUCUUCUGGGAAGAGAGAGAUAUCAUGGCCUUUGCCAACAGUAAUUGGGUAGUACAGCUGUUUUAUGCAUUCCAAGACAACCGCUACCUCUACAUGGUGAUGGAGUAUAUGCCCGGUGGAGACCUGGUCAACCUCAUGAGCAACUAUGAUGUGCCAGAAAAGUGGGCACGUUUCUACACUGCAGAGGUUGUGCUGGCACUGGACGGCAUUCACUCCAUGGGCUUCAUUCACAGGGACGUAAAGCCUGACAACAUGUUGUUAGACAAGUCCGGCCACUUGAAGCUGGCAGACUUUGGGACCUGUAUGAAAAUGAACAAGGACGGGAUGGUACGAUGUGACACGGCAGUAGGAACUCCAGAUUAUAUUUCCCCAGAGGUACUAAAGUCUCAGGGAGGAGACGGUUAUUAUGGCCGCGAGUGUGACUGGUGGUCUGUCGGGGUCUUUCUGUAUGAGAUGCUUGUCGGUGACACGCCGUUCUAUGCUGACUCUUUGGUGGGAACGUACAGCAAGAUCAUGAAUCACAAGAAUGCCUUGACCUUCCCUGAAGACAGCGACAUCUCGAAGGACGCAAAGAGCCUCAUCUGUGCUUUCCUCACCGACAGGGAGGUGCGGUUAGGACGCAAUGGAGUCGAUGAAAUCAAGCGGCAUGGUUUUUUUAAGAAUGACCAGUGGACAUGGGAGAACAUCAGAGAGACGGCUGCCCCGGUUGUGCCAGAGUUAAGCAGUGACACUGACACCAGCAACUUUGACGACAUUGAGGAGGAUCGAGGGGAGGAGGAAACCUUCCCCAUUCCCAAAGCAUUUGUAGGCAACCAGCUUCCAUUUGUAGGCUUCACCUACUACAGCAAUAACCUGUUUUCUCGGGAAUCGACUAUGAAGACAAGUGACAAACGCAGCUCGACAAAAGAAGAUAAGAGUCAUUUGGAGAAUCUUCAGAAGAGGAUAUAUCAGCUAGAAGAACAAGUUCACAGUGAGAUGCAGCUGAGAGAUGAGAUGGAGCAGAAGUGCAGGGCGUCCAAUACAAAGCUAGACAAGAUAAUGAAAGAGUUAGACGAGGAGAGUAACCUAAGGAAGAGUGUGGAGGCUAACAUGUCUUUACUGGAGAAAGACAAGAUCAUGAUCCAGCACCGAGCAACUGAAUAUCAAAGGAAAGCUGACCAGGAGGCUGAAAAGCGAAGAAAUCUGGAAAACGAAGUGUCAACGCUGAAGGAGCAGCUGGAAGACUUGAGGAAAAUCAGUCAAAACAAUGACAAGAUCGCCCAUCUGCAGAACCAACUGGGGGAAGCCAACGACCUUCUGCGCGCCGAGUCGGACACACUGAUGCGUUUGAGGAAGAGCCACACAGAAUUGGGCAAGUCUGUGAGCCAGCUGGAGAGCAUGAACCGGGAGCUGCAGGAGAAGAGUCGCGCCGCAGAUAGUGUCAAACAACAGCUGGAGAAAGAGCUGCUGCAGCUGCAGACCACGCUGGACACCGAGAGACGGAGCUGCAGCCAGGGCUCAGAGGAGAUCCGGGAACUGCAAGUUCGCAUCACGGGUCUACAGGAGGACAACAAGAACUUGAAGCAGAGUCUGUCUAAAGUGGAGAUGGAGAGGAAACAUGUCCAGGAAAGAUGUAAUAUUCUUGAAAAGGAGAAGAACAGUCUGGAAAUUGACCUCAACUAUAAGCUGAAGACUCUACAGCAGCGGCUCGACCAGGAGUUAACGGAGCACCGCAUCACAAAGGCUCAACUCACAGACAAAUACGAGUCUAUCGAGGAGUCAAAGUCAGCUGCUAUGCAUGCGGUGGAGCAGAAGGUGUCAGAGGAGACCACGCUGCGCAUGCGGGCCGAGAGCCGGGUGGUGGAGGUGGAAAAGCAGUGCUCAAUGCUGGAGUUUGACCUCAAACAGUCCGUACAGAAGAUGGAGCAGCUGAUGAAGCAGAAGGAGAGGCUGGAGGACGAGGUGAAGGACCUGCGGGUGCAGCUGGAGCAGGAGUCCGGGAGGCGCAUGAUGUCCCAGAACGAGCUGAAAAACUGGAAGAUGGAUUCAGAGCGGCUGAAGGGAACAGAAAAGCAACUCAAACAGGAGAUCAACGCAGCCCUGGAGAACAAACGCUCGGUGGAGUUCCAGCUGGCGCAGCUCACCAAGCAGUACAGGGGAAACGAGGGUCAGAUGAGGGAACUUCAGGACCAGCUGGAGGCUGAGCAGUAUUUCUCAACACUUUAUAAAACUCAGGUGAAGGAGCUAAAGGAGGAGAUCGAGGAGAAGAAUCGACAAAAUCAAGAGGCUGUCAAAAAAGUCCAGGAUUUGAACUCAGAGAAGGAUUCUCUGUCGGCUCAGCUGGACCUCACCAUGACCAAAGCUGAGUCAGAGCAGCUGGCCCGAGCGCUGCAGGAGGAGCAGUAUUUCGAGCUCUCGCAGGAGUACAAGAAGGCCACGUCACGGUACAAACAGGAGAUCUCUGAGAAAGACUCCACCAUCUCACAGCUUGAGGAUUCCAAUAAAACCCUUACCAAAGACGUGGAGAUCCUCAGUAAGGAGAAGACGGAAUUUAACGAGAGAAUCCAAACUCAAGAACAAGAGUUUGCAGCAGAGAGAGAGGAGCUGACAAACUCAAUAAAGGCAAAUUACGAGAAGGCGCUUAAUAUUGAACGAACUCUGAAGACCCAGGCGGUGAAUAAGCUGGCGGAGAUUAUGAACCGUAAGGACAUGAAGGACCAGAAGAAGCGAGGCAGCACCACCGACCUCCGCAAGAAGGAGAAGGAGAACCGCAAACUCCAGCUGGAGCUCAACCAGGAGAAGGAGAAGUUCAACCACAUGGCCAUCAAGUACCAGAAAGAGCUCAACGAGAUGCAGGCGCAAUUGGCAGAGGAGUGCACGUAUCGCAAUGAGCUGCAGAUGCAGCUGGACAGCAAGGAGAGUGACAUCGAGCAGCUCAGAGAGAAACUAAAUGACUUGCAGCUCCGUGUGGACAAUUCCAGCGUCACCAGCCUGCAGACGGACGAGCUGGACAGCAACAUCGCUGAAUCCAGGCUUGAAGGUUGGCUCGCAAUACCUAAUAGGGCUAAUAUUAAAAGAUACGGCUGGAAAAAACAGUAUGUUGUGGUGAGCAGUAAAAAAAUCCUCUUUUACAAUGACGAGCAAGACAAGGAGCAGUCCAAUCCCUCAAUGGUACUAGAUAUUGACAAACUUUUCCAUGUGCGUCCUGUCACACAAGGUGACGUUUACCGAGCAGAGACUGAUGAAAUCCCAAGAAUAUUCCAGAUCCUGUAUGCUAAUGAAGGCGAGUGCCGGAAGGAGACGGAUGUGGAGAGUGUUCCUCAGGGCGAUAAAACCAACUGUUUGCCCCACAAAGGCCACGAGUUCAUCCCAACGCUCUACCAUUUCCCCUCCAACUGCGAGGCCUGCUCCAAACCCCUGUGGCACGUAUUUAAGCCUCCGCCAGCCCUCGAGUGCCGCCGAUGCCACGUCAAGUGCCAUAAAGACCACCUGGACAAGAAGGAGGACGUGAUCUCCCCUUGCAAAGUGAACUAUGACGUGACGUCGGCUAGAGAUAUGCUGCUUCUGGCUUUGUCUCAAGACGAGCAGAAGAAAUGGAUCGGUCAUCUAGGCAAGAAGAUUCCCAAGACUCCACCAUCCACCUUCGCACGGCAGUCUCCUCGUUCAAUGUCCGUUCGCUCCGGAGCCAACCAGUCCUUCCGCAAAACCCCCAAAAAUGUCCCAGGAAAGCCCAGCUAACCAUCUGAACUUCUGGAUAAAAUUGGGAUUUUGUACUUUCCUCUACAAAAACCUCACACGAAAAAAAGAAAAAAACAUGUAACAAAACUUUGAAUUAACCUUUUAAAGUUGCAUUUCACACAAACCAGUUAAAGAAAAGACAGUAAUUGGUGCUGGAAAUCCGGAUUUGCGUUUCACAAAGACAUCAUGGAGGUUUUUUUGGCGCCAUCUUUCUCUAUUUUCCCACAUCACGUCUCCUUCUGUCCCGAGGAAAAGCUUUGACAUCUUUUCACUACUUUGGAAGGAAACUAUCAGCUGUUCUGUUCGGACGACACAGUAAAGGGGAAAUUUGGGACCAUGAAAAGGGUCUUUUUGCUUUGGUUUUCAAACUAUUUCCACUUUAAUCCACUCCGACGCCGCCUUCUUACGGACUCUGGUUGCCUUAUUCUGUCCCUCAAAGUCUCUGUGGAAAAUGAUUUAGGUUUGGGACAAACUAUUGGGUACUGAGAGUUUCUGAGGGGAGAUUUUUUUUUUAGUGGAGCAUGGAGAAUAAUUACAGUCUAUGCAUCAUAUUAUCAUAUUUGUCAUUAUCAUUGUCGCUUAUGGGAGUCUCCAAGCCAUCACGAUGGCAUCAGGAGGCAUAUAAAAUGUCAUGAAAACCACGAAAGCGUUUUUGUGUCAGUGUGUUCAUCGGGUACAUUGUUUUCUGUAAUAUUCAUAUCUUUUUUGUAAUGUGUUGCCUUACAUUUGACUCAUAGAUAAAUGUUUCAAAAAGGAAAACAUUAAGUUAACAAAUGUAACUGCACUGUUUUGAAUUGUAAUUUAUUUGUAGAAGACUAAACAGCCGUAGCGUUUGCUCACCUAGUGCCUUUUUGGAUAACAAUUUUACUGCCAUAUCCGAGUUUCUCUCCGGUGGAUCUUUGCUAUGAUCAUUCUUCGAAAGAAAACGAACAUAUCUAAUACGGUGUGAUCCCUUUUUUUUUUUUUAUCAGAACCUAAAAAGAGCGGAGCAUCUAUUGCAUGUCUUAAAUGUUGUCGACCAAAGUUCACAUGUACAUGAUAAAGGGCGACAUGUCCUGCUAUUUUCGUAAAAAUAUAUAUAUAUUACAAAAUUAAAUCCGCCAUCUUCCCCUUGAAGUAGUGUCUUUCAGUGUACAUACUCUGACGAUAUGAUGACGAAUACCUCCUCAGUAAUCCAUCAUGGUUUUUGUUUUGUACAUGCGUGUUCAGUUAAAUAAGCACUGGAACUAUGAUCUGUUGUCGUGGAUGUACUGCAUGUUCGGUUGCAUUGGAGGCCGCACUGAUGGAUAUGUGUCAAUAAACAUAUCUUUAUCUAUCACCGAA